AUGGAACUAUGCUACUCACAGAUGGAGCUACCUACCUAUGAUGGCUUCCACUGCUACCACGGCUCCUCCAUUUCUUUCUCAUCCAAUACACACUACACGCAUCAUCAGCUUCCUCCUCAAGCUCAAGCUCAAGUUCAUGCCGACACGGAGAUCGACCACCAGCUGUUCGCCUUCUCCUUCCCAAUGGAAGCCACCUCCACCUCCUUCACUACAACACCUCCGGCGGCCUCAGCCUGGCAGGAGAUCGUGACGGUGCCUGUCGCGUCGCCGUCGUUGUUACCGCAGGGGAGCUCUAGUAGUUCACGCGAUACGCCGGACUCGCCGCUUAUCGGGGUGCGGAAGCGGCCGUGGGGCAAGUACGCGGCGGAGAUCCGGGACUCCACCCGCAAUGGCGCCCGAGUUUGGCUUGGUACCUUCGACACCCCACAUGCCGCCGCACUCGCCUACGACCAGGCCGCCUUCUCUGUGCGCGGCCCGGCCGCCGUGCUCAACUUCCCGGUGAAGCUCGUGCAGGAGUCGCUGCGCACGCUGGACAUCGGCUGCGCCGCCGCGGGGGACUCGCCUGCUCUCGCGCUCAAGCGGCGGCACUGCAUCCGAAAGAGAAGACCCAACAAAAAGAGGAUGUCCAGAGCCACGGCGACGGCAGCAGAGGCGACGAGGCAGGAGGCAGCCACUGCAUCGUCGUUGUCAACGUGCGUGUUGGAGCUGGAGGACCUUGGAGCGGACUACCUCGACGAACUGCUAGUGCUAUUUACUCUUUUUGGGUCAUUCUUAGGCCUUCUCGCUAAUCCGGCCGGAUGCACUAAGAUUGAAGUGAAUUCGGAUAGCGUGAAGACUUUUCCCAUGUCGUUUAUGAUCAUUGUAAUAGAGAGCGCAAUGCAGUAG